UUUUCAAUGUUUUCAUACUGUUACUAUCGCGUAAACGUAAACGCGAAUUUAUAUGGAAUUGAAACAGUUGUGCAGUAGUGCCACUAGAUGGCGCUGUUUCAAUUCCUUAGAAAUUCGCGUUUACGUUAACGCGAUCGUCACAGUAUCAAACUGCCACUAGAUCCUCUGGUGUUAGCAAACCAAAAUGCCGAAGAAAGCAAAAGUGAACAAGUUGGCGCGCAUGUCCGACGAGGAACGGGCUCGGUACCUGCAGCAUCGUGCCGACGUCGAGGAAGAGGCGAGGAGAAGGAAGAGAGAACUGGUGGCCCGGUUUAUAAAGAAUAAAUUGGAUAAAGAAGAAACAUUUGCGAAAAUAAACACAGCAAAAAUAAAUCAAGAAUGGCGAUACAUUUUGCGCAAAAUAAAAUGCAAGCAAAUGGCUAUGGACAUUCAGGGGAUGAUGAGCAGUUUCAACUUCUUGCUGGACAGAAAGAAUCGUCUUCUAAAUUUCUUGAUACGCUCUACGGAAGACUCAGACGAGCAACACCGAAGAGCAUUUCAGGCACACACGGAAACUUUAAGCUAUUUUCUGAAAAUAGGUUGCCAGCGACUCGAUAAAUUGCAAGCUGCAUAUGAAUUGCAGAAGAAUAACACUCUCGAGACGUGGGACAAAGAGGAGAUGGAUAUUACGGAUAACCAGGAUAGAGCAGAGUUCAAGUUGACACUCGUGACGUACAUCAAUGAUCGUGACUUUCAGAGUUAUAAGAAAGAAAAGGAAUUAGAACGAGCUACUGAGAAAAAUGAUACACGCCUUGAGUACGAAGAAGAAAUGCACCACCUCUGCAAACCGAAGCAGUUGGAAAUAGACCAGUACUGGACGAAGCUGAGAGAAGUGUACAGCACGUAUUUGGAGAGACACAGCCCCAUCAUGGACCACUACAACACACUGCGCGAGAAAGAUGAGUUCUACCAGAGUGAUAUAGCCAAAAAUGAGAUACAGAUCCAACAUGCUAUGGAAACUUUGUUGACUCUGCAAAGUGAAUGGAUAAAGAAAAAUAACACGAUGAACGGCAAACUGAAGCGUAUGAAUAAUCAUAAGGAAGAAUUAGCGAAGAAGUAUUGGCAAAUGAAGAAAGAAACUAAGACGUUAAGAGGCAAGGAGGAUGAAAUGCUGGCGGCGUUGGUCGACGCUAGUCAAGAUGCUGUAAAACGACUCGAAGAUGUGAGUGUCAAGUUGGAAAAAAUCAAACAGCUGGGUGAAAUCUGCCGUAAAUAUGAGAAAGACAGCGACAAAUUGUUCCUUGAACAAUGUGACGAUGACAGAACUAUCGACAAUUUUGAAGAGUUGGACAGUGCUAUGAUUGAUGAAUGUAAAGAAUUCAAAAAGAUGGACAAAUUCCUCCUCAAAGUUAAUAGAGUGAGGGUACAGACAAUGUGCCUCAAAACAGAGAGAAUCAAGCUUGCCAAAGAGAACAUACAACUUAAACAGUACAUCAAGAGAUAUCUAACAGAAUUAGCUCUCAAGGGAGGCAAAGACAGACCCUUGAGUAUGAAGCUCCAGUCUGAAAUGCAAAAGGCAGAUUUAAAUGGCAAAUUAUUAAAUCGACCUGUGACCUGUAUUGAAGGAGUAUUAUCAAAUGUUGUGCUUCAUGAAAAAAGAAUGAAGUUGCAGGAGAAAAAGAUCAAGGAGUUAGGAUCAGUCAGGGCAUAUCCUCGGGUGUUUUGUUUGUAAUGGUACAGAAUCCCAAGUACCCAUCUAAUUCUACAUUAUAUCCAAAUUAUGCAGUGGAAUGACUGUAAUUUAAUAAAUAAAUGUAAUUUUGUUUAUAUCUUUUAAUAUAAAUAAGGUAUAAGUUAUCUAUACAAUGAGACCUUUCAGAUCAAUAUUCUUUGCUAGUUUCAAAGACUAAGCAGCAUAUUUAUAAUUUUCAUAUUUUUUCAUUUGUUUUUGAUGUGUUUUAUUGUAUUCGUAGUUAAGUGCAGAGUGAUAUGUUUAUUGGUACAUAUAUUUCCUGUGUUAUAAAAAUCUACUUGUGUUUUUGAAUAACUAUAAAAACUAUAAUAUAAAAAUAAAACUUUAAUGAACUAUUGUGAAAAAAUUACAUCUAAUUUCAUUAAAAACCUUAUAAGUUAAAUUACUCACUGAAAAUAUUAUAAUUUGUUAUUUAGGUUCAUUAAGUCUUAAGGUAUUCUAGGCACUGGAUCUAAUAGUCAGGGACAGUAAAACAUUUUUUUCAAAUGAUUACUAUCAAGUUAAUUUUUUGUGAGCAGCUUCAUCUCAAUGAGACAAUCAAUUUAUUUAUGAAAAUUCCUGAUUCUGGUAGGUAACUGAGUUACCAGGAAAUAAAAAAUUCUGAGCAUUGGAACGAGAUAAUGUACCACACAAUUUGUAAGACAUUGUGGCUGUUAAGUUGUAUAACUAUUAAAAAUUAAGCAAACAGAAAAAAAGUAACAAGUUAAGUAACAACUCUUAUCAAAAGUCCAGAAGGGUGGGGAUCAAACUACAACCUCUCUGUGUUGAUGAGUGUGUCUCAAUUGUGAAUGAGUCCCAACUCAUUGACAAUUGAGGCUUCAAGUAACCCUAAAAUCUUGUAAAAGUUAUUAAACAGCAAUAUAACUCACUAAAACUAGUUCUAUAGUUAGUGUACAAAUAUGUAGUAUUGGAUGUAUGUUUACAAGCAAAAUCCCUCUAUAACCUGCCUACAACUUUAGCAAGUUCAAUAUUAUAUCGAGUAAGGUGCUUCAGUAGGAUCCAGUUGACACA